UCGCGGGCGUCAUAGCAACAAGCAGCCAAUCCGCAGGUCGCUGUCCCAGCGUGCCGUGCGGCGGUGCGGCGGCAGCAUGGCGGGCGCGCUGGCGCUUCUGGGCCGGGCCGCGGCCUUGCUGGGCGGCGCGCAGCGGCUCCUCAGGGGCGGCGGCGCUGGCCUGGGCGAGAGGUGCCUGUCCCGGGGGAGCGGCGCGGAGGAGCGGCCCAAGCGGCCCCUGACGGCCUAUUUCCGAUUCCUGAAGGAGCAGCACGCGGCUUUCCGGCAGAGGAACCCGGAAAUAGGCAACGUGGAGCUGGUUAGAAAAAUAGCAGGUGCUUGGAAGGAGUUACCAGCAUCACAGAAGCAGAUUUAUGAGGACGCUAGAAAGGCAGACUGGCAAAAAUACCAGCAGCAGCUGGCCAUGUAUAAAGCACAGCUAACGCCAGCCCAGGCCGCGGCUCUGAAAGAAGAACGGAGAAGACGACUGGCAAAAAGACGAUUGUUCAGGGUCAGAAGAGAAUUGACUGUCCUUGGAAAACCUAAAAGACCUCGUAGCGGCUUUAACAUUUUUGUGUCAGAAAACUUCAAAGAAAGUGUGGGAGUUUCACCUGCGGCGAAGAUGAAGCAGUUAUUUGACUCAUGGCAAAAACUGUCCACUGCUCAAAAGCAGCCGUACCUGCAGCUUGCUGAAGACGAUAAGGUUCGGUACGAGAAUGAAAUCAAGUCGUGGGAAGCAAAAAUGAUUGAGCUGGGACGUGAAGACCUGGUACGUUCCGAAAAGCAAAAGCCAAAAAAGCCGACUCGGGAAACGGCCAAGAAAGCCGAAACAGCCAAAGCUUCCUCACGUGAAAAGGCGGCAAAGCUAAAGUUGAAAAAAUCGGAAGAAUAGAAUGGUGAAGUAUUUUGUAUUUAAUGCCCUUUGGUUGUCAUGCCUUUGUCUGGGGGUGUAAAUUCUGCAGCCAGCGUUAAUGCUGAAAUUGGGGAAACCCGUAAAGGGCGACACAGAGAAGGGGCUGAGGUGAGAGAGGACCCGUGGUCUCUGGAACUGACUGAAAUAAUCAUUGAGGCUGUAGCCUGAACUGUACAGUUACCGGUUAAUCAAGCUGUGAAUAGUGAUACUGACAUCAGCAGAGCUCUUCAGUAACGGUAGGUAACAGCUGGCUUUUAUAAGAUAUUUUUUUAUGAAAGCGAGAAUAUUCUACUGUGUUACCGUCUAAAUUCAGUAAAUAAGAGCUGCAAUAUGAGUUUUAACACUUCUGUUUUAUUCCCUCCAUGGUCAUGGUCAUGAAGAGAUAUGUUCUACAUUUCAGCAAGAGGCACAAGAAAUGUAAAAUACCUUUAUUGUAUGCAUCUGUCUUUUUGUACGUAUCAAUCUGUGUGUACCACUUCUGUUGCAUUUCAUUAAAGACCAUAUGAUUUUUUUCUAUAAA